UGACAGUGACAGUUAUAACCAGAUGACAGUUUGUUUGUAUGGGUGAAUUGUUAAUCUUUGGGUGUAACAAACAACUAAAAUUUAACUAAUUUUGCACUAUUGUGUAUUGUUUGUUACUUUAGAUAAUAACGAGCAAUCAUGAAUGUGAUACAAGCAGUAAAAUUGUACAUAACGAAGAUGACGGAAGAAAGUGGGCCAGGGAUGAAAGUUAUUCUUAUGGAUAAAGAAACUACCAGCAUAGUGAGUAUGGUAUUUAGCCAGUCAGAGAUACUACAGAAAGAGGUGUACUUGUUUGAGCGCAUCGACAGCCAUGCCAAGUGGGACAACCUCAAGCACAUGAAAUGCAUAGUAUUUGUGCGGCCCACAUCCGAGAACAUCGCACUGCUGUCCCGGGAGCUACGGUUCCCCAAAUAUGGAGUUUAUUUUAUUUAUUUCAGCAAUGUGAUAUCGAAGGCGGACGUGAAGACUUUAGCUGAGUGUGACGAGCAGGAAUGCGUCCGUGAGGUGCAGGAGGUGUUUGCAGACUAUCUGGCUGUAGAUCGCCAUCUCUUCUCCUUCAACAUUGUUGGCUGUCUGCAUGGUCGCGCCUGGAACCAACAGCAUCUGCAGCGUUGCGCCCAGGGUAUCUUCUCCCUCGUGAUGUCAUUGAAGCGCCGCUGCCUGGUGCGCUACGAGGCAGCGUCGGAGCCCUGCGCGCGGCUGGCGGAGCGCGUGCGAGACCUGCUGAGGCGCGAGGCAGUGCUCAUUGACAAUAAUAUACCCUUCAACGGCGACAUACCCACGCCUCAACUGUUGAUCAUUGAUAGGAGAGAUGAUCCUGUCACGCCAUUGUUGAAUCAGUGGACCUAUCAGGCGAUGGUGCACGAGCUGCUGACCAUCAACAACAACCGUGUCAGUCUGGCGCACGUGGCCGACGUGCCCAAGGACUUCAAGGAGGUCGUGCUAGCUUCAGAACAGGACGAGUUCUAUGCCAAGAAUUUAUACUCGAACUUCGGUGAGAUCGGUCAGACGAUGAAGUCGCUGAUGGACGAGUUUCAGAAGAAGGCCAAGAGUCACCAGAAGGUGGAGAGCAUCUCCGAUAUGAAGAACUUCGUCGAGACCUAUCCGCUGUUCAAGAAAAUGUCAGGCACGGUGACGAAGCAUGUGACAGUGGUGGGGGAGCUGUCGGCGAUGGUGGCGCGGCACAACAUGCUGGAGGUGUCCGAGUUGGAACAGGAGAUCGCCUGCCAGUCGGACCAUUCCAAACAUCUGCAGCACCUAAAAAGUCUUCUCGCGAACGAAGCAGUGCGCCACCACGAUGCAGCAAAAGUAGUCGCUUUAUACGCUCUCCGUUACGAGAAACAUGCAUCCAACGCCCUGCCGACCUUGAUAGAGGCACUGAAGUCGCGGGGAGCGCCUGAGGCGUUAGUGCGAGCGGUUCUUAACAUAGUGGAGUAUGGCGGUGCUCAUGCAAGGCAGAGUGACCUCUUCGGCUUGCAGGAUGCCGUGAAGAUUACUAAGAGGCUGUUUAAGGGGCUAAGCGGCGUAGAAAACAUUUACACCCAACACAACCCUCUACUGAAGGACACUUUAGAAGACCUUAUCAAGGGUAAACUGCGAGAAAACAUGUACCCUACCAUCGGUGGUGAUGAUGGCAACUAUGGUCGGCGUCCGCAAGACAUCAUCGUGUUCAUUGUAGGGGGCGCCACUUACGAAGAAUCAUUAUGUGUGCAGCAACUCAACCAAGCUUACCCUGGAGUCAGGAUAGUCCUAGGAGGCACCACAAUACACAAUUCCACGUCUUUCCUGGAAGAAGUUAAAGCAGCUAUGCAGGGGUUACAUAGAACGCAUACUAGGCAUAUUAGGAAUGUCUGAACGAUCUCUUUUUUAGGUUAUAACAUGUAACUUUUGAAGAAAUGUUAAGGGAUUAUACAUGUCGUGGCCAGAUCUUAGAAUUGAUCAUUUCAUGAUGUGCUCGAUUUCAUGAAAUAGAAUAUAGGUAUCAUUCGUUGGCCACAUCAUGAUGUAGUUUGGCCAGAUCAAUGAACACAAAACUUUAUGAGCAACUAAAUGCAUGUUUACUUCAUGAUAUGGCCAAACGUUGGCAAUCAUAUAGUAAAAUUAGUAACAUUAUCCACCGGUAGUGACGCUGGUGUCGACUAUAUUUGUAACUUGAUAUUAUAAUCGAUGUAAUUGUACAAUUUUCCAUAUCGAUUAGGUAAAUAAUUCUGAA